AGUCUGUGGUCAAUUUAAUAAAUGAAUUAAAGGACAAUACAAAAACAAUUUCCAUUGUAAUAGUAAAUAAUGCAGUAAAUAUACGAAAAAUGGGUAAGUAACGGUGCGCAAAAAAUCAUUCAAUAGUAUUUGAUUUACCUAUGAUUCUUUAAAUCAUUUAACAGAGGAAACGAAAAAUGAAACACUGGAUCUCUCUAGGCGUGGGCUAAAGAAAAUAGAGAAAGCGCCUCCAGAAGAAUCAAAAACUGUUUUUAAUUUGAUCCUCGAUCAAAAUGAACUGCAGCGUCUGGACAACAUUGACAGUUACAACCGUGUUGAAAACUUGUCAAUAUGCAACAAUUUUUUGCUAAGGAUGCAUGGUGUAUCUCGUCUAGUCAACAUCAGGGUUCUGGCAUUAAAUAACAAUGGAAUAUUACAAAUUGAGGGUCUAAAGGAUCUUAUUUAUUUGAAAGUGUUGAAAUUAGCCGGUAAUAACAUCAAGUCAAUUGAGCAUUUGAACAAUAAUAUGCAUUUGGAGCACCUUGACCUGUCAAACAAUCAAAUAUCUUUUAUAACAGACAUUUCGUACUUGAAGGGCUUGAAGCAUUUAAACCUGGAACGGAACCGCAUUACAGACCUUCGACAGUGCGAUCGUUACCUACCCACAGGACUAGAGUAUUUAGGGCUCGCACACAACAACAUCAAAGACCUCAAUGAAAUCUGCCAUCUUGUUCAUUUAUCAAAGCUCGAAAGUUUUAGCAUACAGGGUAAUCCAUGUGUCUCCUUAUCUGGGAAGGAUAAACUCGGCUUUGACUACAGACCAUUUGUGCUGAAUUGGAUCAUGAGUGUUAAAACUAUAGAUGGUUUUAUUGUUAGUGCUAUAGAGAGUUUGAAAGCUGAAUGGCUAUACAGCCAAGGCAAGGGUCGACAUUUUCACGAGGGUCAGCAUCGUGAAUUGUGUGAAUACCUUUCUACAACGUGUCCACUGACUGCUGACGCGCUUGAAACCGACGAACAAAGGAAAUUGCGACUUAUUCUUAGCAAGGCACAACACCACCAACAACAGCUAAAAGAUCAUAACCAUAGCCCUAUGAAAGCAAAGUUGCAGUCUCCAAGAAUGCAAUCUCGCGUGCCAACCCGUCACAUGGGCCGGUCUCCGGACCGCCUGUCGAGCAGCUAUCACGCGGCGGUUCGAACCGGCUCUCCCUCGCUGAGCAACAGCAGCGAGCUGCCACUGAUCCCGCACGCCAUGAGCCAGAGCUUCGACUCGCCCGGACUCAUGUACGAGAAACGGGACAGUGGGAGAGACAAAACUGAACAACAACAAUCAUCGAAACCCGUAAAUCAAUCCCUGGAAGCAGCUUCAAAGAUGGUGCCUGUGCCCGAAUCGCUCAUGAGCCCUGAUUAUCAGGACCCAAUUUACGACAUCCAAAGAACCAUACCAAAGCCAAGCAAUCACACAGCAAACAGUAUUUCUAAUACCUCGAGCCAAUCCAGCAACAGCAGUGUUCAAGACGACCGUCAGAAGCAAGCCAACAAAAGUUUAAAGGGCUCACCCAAGUUACCAAAAAGUGCAAACUCCUCGCCAAAAUUAAAAUCAAAAAUGGAACAACGAAAAGGCAGCCUAACAAAGUGCGAAGUUAAGAAUGAAGAAAAGAAACUCAAUGGUAUUACAAACAAUACUGAAAUAGAUCAAAUCGACCCUGAAAAGUUGGAAAUAAUAAAGUUAGCUUCUAAUCAAAGAAGACAAAAGAAGAUGAGUGUGGAAUCAAUGGCAGCUAUAACUAUACAGAAGAUGUGGAGAGGUUACAGAAGCAGGAAUUUAAAUAAAGAUACAUUGAGGAUCUUGCAUGCGAUACAGGCAGCUAGAGCGAGACAACAUAUACAGAGACUGACUUGUGAUAUGGAAGCAACCAAAGCAGCAUUAGAAAGCGAAAGAAAAAUCCAACAGUUACAGAUGCAAGCCAUUAAUGCAUUAUGGAAGAAAGUGUCAACUCUACAAAAUGCUGAUGCCCAAAAGAAUAAGGUGUUUGAUCCCGAUGACAAUUCUGAGGUGUUGAGACAGUUGACCGAGACAUGUUGCAGCUUACAAGUACAGGUGGAGGAGCUGCAGAGCAGCAUGCAGCAGGUGCUGCGCGCGGUGUCGCAGCGCUGCGCGCCCGCCACCACGCACUCUGCCACGCAGCCCACUGCGCAGUCUGCCACGCAGUCUGCCACGCAGGCUGCCACGCAGACCGACAUCAGUGCCGUGUUAACGCCGCAGGAGGAACGCUGUUCUUGGUUACGCCGUCCCCAAUCGCUGGCGUUGAGCACAACAGCACCGCCAUCUUGCGACCAUAGUGAUAAAACUAACGAUGUGAUCGCUCUAGAUAUAGAGCGCACAGAGUCAAUCAUAGACGAUAGAGCAGACGCGAGUGUUGACUGCACGCAGAUAGAACGAGAGCGGAGCCUUAUUGUCGACUGAUUCGAGACGAAACCAUUUGACGCUUUAUUAUUUAAGAGAUUAGAGUUAUAUUUGCAAAGCAAAGCUUGAGUGGAUCAAUUCCAAAAUUGGUGUGAUUUUUUUGCGUUUUGAUAUAUAAGCUUUUAUAUUUCACUACUGAAGAUUAUUCAGUUAUCUAUAUGAUAUAAAAACAGAUCAUAUAAUGUCUAGAUACCACGAUGCGUAGUAACUACAUUUGAAUAUAUGGGCCAGAAUUGACGGUUUUGUGUACGUGACUGCUACGUCUUACACUCGCCUGGGUAUCCGUGUGUGCGUGACGUAGAGAUACUGUUUCAAAGUUUUCAGCAUCGCGUAUUCGCUUUUUAUUUUCGUAUUGAGUACAUAAUAUUUAAUUUUCGAAAAUUCCCAUGGUCUACGAUUACGAAUUCUUCUUAGUAAACUUAGAAAAAUUAAUUUUGAAAAUUCAAAAGUGCACACCUCGAUGCCCCAUUUGAUUCUUAAUUGAGGAUCAAUGUAUGUGUCUUACGGCCUUACUCUAUAUAAGAAUUUAGAAAAAAAAUUAUUCUUCAAAUGUACAUCGACUUGGUUGAUAUCUCACAAGUUAAUAAUAAUUUAAAGAUUUCAUUAAUGUAUUGGGGUCGCCUAAAGAGAAAGUGCUUUAAUAGCUUUUGGUAAGAUAGCUUAGCUGAUUAAUUGCUUUAGUUAUUUGCAAUCAUGGUAAAACGCAUGUCGCAUGCCCCCAGAUCAACUGACGUAACAGUAAGUACCAUUAAAUCACGUUUUUCUUUACAUACAUAAGAUUUCCUCAAUCUAAGAACAAAUGAAUAGUUUGGGAAAUCCAGUCUCAUGAGCGUUCCAUUUAAUUUUGAUAUACAAAGUAUAAAAUCGAUAUAGGUUGUAUGGUACCUAUGUCCUUUGUCUAUCAAGGACUAAAAAAAUAUUAAAGCGCCUUAAAAUGGUUAUUCAUCUGAAAUAAAGAAUUUAAAUUUUUAACAGCAACAAAUCUUAUAAAAGUUGAAAAUCAUUUUAUUAACAAACUUCGCGUACUAGGCUAUUGAUAUGAAAUAGGGAAACAGUUGAUGUAACUCUGAAGCUAAUAAAAAAAAACCCGGUCUCGAUACUUCAAUUCGUUCGGGAGUUGUCAGGACCACAUACAAAAUCAACAUCCGGACGUCCACGUAAUUUUUUUUACAAACUGUAUUUUUUUCUAGUAGCAACAUAAAAUGAUUUUUAGAAAAUAUAAGAUGGACUAAUUAUUGUUUUCUUGAUAUACAGCUACUCAUAUUAUCGCAUAAGUGCAAUAUGGUUAUGAUAGAGGCAUUUUAAGAACACAAAAUUGCUUGACCUUGAUGUACACGCCCCUAGCUGCCCUAACAAAGGUUGACGGGACUAGGGCCCAUGAGUAAUCCCAUCGACGGGAAACAAGGGACGGGGCCCAACGGCCUAUGGAGACUUAUCAUUCUACACAAUAGAUAUAAGGCUAGGUAAACAAAUAGUACGUACCUGGUUCCGAAGCUAAGACUGCCCCAAGGCUCGGUCAGGCGGUAGGUAGGUGUAGGUGCAUGUAAGUGGUGUGUAGUAGUGUUUAUAUAUGUGACCUGACCCAACUGAGGUGAUCGGGCAGCGGCAGCGGACGUCACCAAUUGGCAACUUCUUUCUUCAUUUCACUAUUUCAGUUUAUCAACUUUAUUGUACACUAUUUCAAUCCAUCAACUUUAUUGUACAUAUAAUUAACUUCAAAGUCAACCAAUUCAACGUUCAUCGAAAUCAAACACGUGACACCCGACACAAGUAACUAACAGUCGUUCAAAGUUCAAUAUUCAAGGUUCCGGGUUCACGUAGCACAAAUUUACAAACACGGGAUCGAAUGCGGCCUCUUCUCGAGUCUCAAAGUUCAGCGUUCCCAAACAACAAACUUAAAUUCCUUCGUAGGAUAUUAAAUACUACGCCCCAAUGAGAAUUCAAAAUUAGCCUAUCUGACACGCAAACUAACUACGGAGUCCACACACAAAAGGCUCUUAACGCGACGGUACAAUUAAACAAUGACUUCCAAAAACAAUUAACCGGGCCACGCCCUCGAAAUGGAAUGCAAGCUUCAAAUUCCAGACCGUAUCUACUCGGCGUGCGCGCAAGGUUCCACGUCACACAAGCAAGUUAAAUAUUGCAAAAUGCACUUCAACACGCAAUCACUAUACAAUUGACGCAAUUACUUUCAAACGAAAUUACUUUAAUCAGUCAAAUUCAAUAGAAGCCUUUUGUCACGAACGUACAACUCAGACAAACUUACUCGAGGCGGUCUCCACGAAACCCCAAAUUCAAUAGCGAAUUAAACGCGCACAAAUACUAAAAAUCUAGACCACAAAACCAAAACUGGUCGCGCGAAACCGUUGCAGCGGUCACCACAAAAUACGUUAAUCGACCGCGCCGCUGCUCUCAAGCUACUGUCCCUCGCCCACGAGAGCCGAACGCCGGGAAGCUGCAUACCGCUGACCCCCCCCCCCCCCCCCCCGGCGACCGCACGUCACCUCACACCAUCAGGCGAUUCGCUUAGUCAAACGCGAUUGGAUGGCGUUUCAAAUGCCCAUGUUUGGGCAUGUCGAGAGUCGAUGUCACACUUUACAUGUUGAGAGUAAAGCAGGACCUUAUAACGCUUCGCGUUAUGAGGCAUGCAGUAUGUGAAAGAAAAGUUUGACGUAGGUGUAGCAAUUGAAAGAAAAGAAACUAAAAAAAGAAAACGAAAAGGAUUACAGAAGUGAUUAUCGAAAAGAACCAGCCCUGCAUGAUUCUG